UAUUAUUAAAAGAUAAAAGUAAAAUUUAUUUUUUAAGAUACAAGACAUUGGAAACAUUUAGUUUCACGAUUUGCCAUUAUUAGGCAUUCUCUAUCUGAUUGCUAGAAAUUAUUCAUUUCCUCAAAGAGAGAGAAUAAAUUGGUUGGGGAUGCAAUCUUGUACUAUGCUUAUUCUUUGCCAAGACAAACGCUGAACAUUUCAGAGCCAUGAGAUUGCUUCUGCAUUUGAGUUUGCUAGGUCUUGGAGCUGCCUACGUUUGUGUCAUUGCUGUAGAAAGUCCCAUGAAUAGACUGGUGGCAGAGACCUUGACACUGCUCUCCACUCAUCGAACUCUGCUGAUAGGCGAUGGGAACUUGAUGAUUCCUACUCCUGAACAUACAAAUCACCAACUAUGUAUUGAAGAAGUCUUUCAGGGAAUAGACACAUUGAAGAAUCAAACUGAACAAGGGGAUGCCGUGGAAAAGCUAUUCCAAAACUUGUCUUUAAUUAAAGAAUAUAUAGACCUCCAAAAAAAAAAGUGUGGAGGAGAAAGAUGGCAAGUAAAACAGUUCCUAGACUACCUGCAAGUUUUCCUUGGCGUAAUAAACACUGAGUGGACAACAGAAAGCUGAGACUAAACUGUCUUAUUGUAGCUUAAGAUUUGGGAGGAAGAGAAGGAUGUUUUACUGCAAGGAGAAUGAGGGCUAACCAACGGUUGGGCCAUAAUGUUCAGUGUAAUUAAACUUCAGAGGCAAAGCAAAUAUUUCAGGCAUUCUGCUACUUCACCACCUCACACAGGCAGAAAGCAUACAAAUAAAAUAUUUGAGAUGUACUUAAGGUAUCAGAAUCAUUGAAGUAUUUUCCACCAGUUUGCUCCAGGCAAAAUAGGUAUAUGCUUUAAUCUAUCUUAUUUAAUGUAAUAUUCUGUAAAAUGUCUGUUAACUUAACAUUAUUUAUGAAAUGAGAAUUUGGAAAAUUAAUAUUUAUUCCCAAUAAAAUAAAAAUAGACAAUUCUGGUUCAGUUUGUUGC